GCGUCAAAACAUCAAACACCUUCGAGGUUCACAAGUCACACGUCAUAACAAUGCUCUCUCUUGCCCGGAAGCUCUCCCCAUCCCUCAACAAGCGGCCGCCGUUCCCUCUCGCUCACUUCCGCUACUUCUAUGCUUCUCCAAGCCCUUCAACUUCCACUUCCUCCUCCUCCUCCCCUUCCUUCCUUCUUCACCGAAGCCACCACGCUUCUUUUCUCCCCUUAUUCUUUCCCUUCCACCGCCCCUCCUCCUCCGCCGCCCAUCAACUUCCUCCCCUCUCCGCCCUCCGAGGCGGAUGCUAUCAUGAGGGAGACGACGAUGUCGACCGACCCCCUCCUCACCUCCUCCCGCUCUGCCCCGGGUGCGGCGUCCACAUGCAGUCCUCUGACCCCGCCCUCCCCGGCUUCUUCACCGCACCCUCCGCUAAGUCCCCGGACUACCGAGCCCCCAUUGAUCGCGCUCGUCCCUUGGGUUCUGACGACACCUCUCUGUCGCUCUUCCUCAAAUCCGGCCAUCUCAUGCCGAAGGAGGAUCCCCUUGGCCCCGAUCAGCCUUCUCGGCCUCUGGUCUGCACCCGCUGUCACUCCCUUCGCCAUUACGGCCGCGUCAAGAACCCCUCCUCCGAGAACCUCCUCCCCGACUUCGACUUCGACCACAUGGUCGGCCCCAAGAUGGUCUCCCCAGCCGGCGCUCGCUCCGUCGUUCUCAUGGUCGUUGAUGCGGCCGAUUUCGACGGCUCCUUCCCCCGAAAGGUCGCCCGGCUGAUUUCCUCCUCCAUCGAGAAGAAUUCCAGGGCCUGGAAGGAGGGAAAACCCGGGAACAUUCCAAGGGCAGUGCUCGCCGUGACCAAGAUUGACCUCCUCCCUUCUUCCAUAUCUCCAAAUGCGUUGGAGGACUGGGUCAGGAAGAGGGCCAGAGUUGGUGGAGUUAGCAAGUUGACGGCAGUGCACCUGGUGAGUGCGGUCAGGAAUUGGGGCGUCCGGAACCUCGUUGACCGUGUGAGGGACCUCGUCGGGGUGCGCGGCAAUGUUUGGGUAGUAGGGGCUCAGAACGCUGGCAAAUCUACGUUGAUCAACUCAAUGGCGAGAUGCGUUGGGGACAAAGUGAGCCACUUGACAGAAGCUCCUGUGCCGGGCACUACUUUAGGGAUCAUUAGAAUGGAAGGAAUUCUCAACGGGAAGGCUAAACUGUUUGACACACCUGGUAUACUGCACCCUUACCAGAUCACAACGAGGCUGACACAGGAAGAGCAGAAACUUGCCCAUAUGAGCAAAGAACUGAAACCUAGGACAUACAGAAUCAAGCCUCAACAUUCUGUUCAUAUUGGUGGCCUUGUGCGGGUAGACAUCGAGAAAUCAUCUGUUGAUUCUAUCUAUCUCACUGUGUGGGCUUCGCCACUUGUUCCUCUUCAUAUGGGCAAGACAGAGAAUGCAGCCAUACUGAUAGAAACCCACUUCGGUCAACAGCUACAGCCUCCUAUAGGUGACAAGCGCGUCCAGGAACUCGGUAAAUGGGUGAGAAAGGAAUUUAAUGUUACUGGGGAAAGUUGGGAUAGAAGUUCUGUCGAUAUUGCAGUUGCUGGUCUUGGCUGGUGUGCUAUUGGGCUGAAAGGCGAGGCAUUGCUGGGCAUUUGGACAUACGAUGGGAUCGAUGUGUUACAGCGUAGCUCAUUGAUCGCGGAAAGAGCAACAAUAUUUGAAGAAGCAGGAUUUACUCAUUCAAAGAUUGUUUUCAAGGCAGACAGUGAGGCUAAUAAACUGAAGCACAGGAAAUUAGAGAAGAAAUUGACUGGAUCUGCUGCGGCAACUGGAACGCUGGAUGAAGCAAUCCGUAUGUGAUUAUCGUUAAACUGGAAUCACUAAGAAUUUUUCAAGUUAAAUGGAUGUCAAUGGUGGUUUUUGGGCGAGCCAUAAGCGCAACUAGAAAAAGAGUUGUAGUGUGAUUAAUGUUGCGUUUGUAAACUUUUUCGACGUGCAUUAUUUACAGUAAUCCUAUUUUGUCCAAA